AUGGUGGCAACCCACCCCAGGGACCGCAUGGUGGGGAGUCAUCAAGAAGUCCUGGAAAGGAUUGGGCAACAACAGCAACCCCUUCACCCCCCCAAGAAGAGAAAUAGGCGUGGGGAGGAGGAGGCGGCGGCGGCGGCGGCACAGGAGGACAAAGAGCAUCGGGUGACUUUCCAGGGUCUGGUGACCUUUGAGGAGGUGGCCGUGUAUUUCACGGAGGAGGAGUGGGCCCUUCUGGAUCCCGGCCAAAGAGCUCUGCACAGGGAAGUCAUGGAGGAGAAUUAUGAGAUGGUGGCGUCUGUCGAAUUGGACCUCAAAUCCUGUCGGGAAGAAAGAAAAGAUCUCUUGAUCCAGGAUCCCAAAGAAGAAGAGUUGUUACCAGCAGAUGAUGGGCAGAAAAAUGAGAAUUAUAGAGAACCACAGAUUGUGCCACUGGUAAUAGCCACGCAUGAAGCACAAAAAGAGAUGUUUGGACAUCACAAGGGAACAAAAAUGUCUGAAAGAAACCAGUCAAACAAUGGAAGGAGGAAAUACUCUACUUCUCCAAUUUUGCAUAACAGAACACACAGAGGAGAGAAACAACUUAAAUGCAUGGAGUGUGGAAAGAGCUUCAGGCAUAGGAGUAGCCUUACUUUACAUCAAAGAACCCACACAGGAGAGAAACCAUUUAAAUGCAUGGAGUGUGGAAAGAGGUUCAGUCAGAAUAGUCACCUUACCUUACAUCAACGAACUCACACAGGGGAGAAACCAUUUAAAUGCAUGGAGUGCGGAAAGAGCUUCAGUCGGGGCAGUAACCUUACUUUACAUCAAAGAAUACACACAGGGGAGAAGCCAUUUAAAUGCAUGGAGUGUAGAAAGAGUUUCAGUCAUAGGAGUAGUCUUACUUUACAUCAAAGAACCCACACAGGGGAGAAACCGUUUAAAUGCAUGGAGUGUGGACAGACCUUCAGCCGAAGCAGUAGCCUUACUUUACAUGAAAGAACACACACAGGGGAGAAACCAUUUAAAUGCAUGGAGUGUGGAAAGAGCUUCAUUGUAAGCACGAGCCUUAUGUUACAUCAUAGAAGAACACAUACAGGAGACAAACCAUUUAAAUGCAGGGAGUGUGGAAAGAGCUUCAAUGAGAGCCGUAAUCUUACUAGACAUCAGAGAACCCACACAGGGGAGAAACCAUUUGAAUGCAUGGAGUGUGGAAAGAGCUUCAGUCAGAGGAGUAGCCUUACUGUACAUCAAAGAACACACACAGGGGAAAAACCAUUUAAAUGUAUGGAGUGUGGAAAGAGUUUCAGUCACAAGAGUAGCCUUAGUUUACAUCAAAGAACACAUAUAGGGGAGAAACCAUUUAAAUGAAUGCAACAUGGAAAUAAUUUCAGUGUGAGCCUUACUCUAUAUCUUUAAACUAGAGGACUGGUGGAAUUUAGGUGGCCCAAGGUAGUAUUAAGCAGCGUUAAGUUUGUAGUUAGCUUUCAUUUUGUGGGCUACAGCUUGGGACCAGGAUACCUAAAAGAUAAUUUCACCUCUUAUACACCCAACCAAUCACUGCGGUCUGCAGGGGAGGACCUCUUGCAUAUACCUUCUCAUCAUGAGGUUCAUUCUGUAUGAUAUAGGAAACUGGCACCUAUCCUUUGGAACUCCCUCCCAUUACAUAUCUGACAGGCAUUGUCUAUAUUUUAUUUUUGGUGCCCAUUAUGGACCUUUUUCAACAUACCUUUUCAGGAGAACUUUUAUCCCAGUCUGUAUUUGUAUUGGAUUUGAAGAUGGUUUUAAUUAUUUUUUUUGUAGAAAAUUGUUGGUUUUGUUGCCAAUAUCAAUGUCGUCAGGAGCCUAGACCAAAAGGCUAGACUCCUAGCAGGGGCACCCAAGGUGGAAUGGUCAAAGCUGAGACACUAGACUAAGAUGCAUCCAAACUCAGAGGAAGGCACAUAAACCCUAUGAACAGUAUCCAAAAUGCAACACGAGAUAGUGCUGGAAGAUGAGACCCCAGGUCAGAAGGCACUCACCGAGCUACUGGGGAAGAACAAAGGACAAGUACGAGUAGCGCUGUGACUAAUGAUGCAGCUUGGUCAAAGCCGAAAGGAAGCCCAGAGGCUGAUGCGCACAGAUGUGAAAGGAGAGUCCGGAGUUGUAUGACACACACAAUAGGAACAUCGAAUGUGAGAAGCAUGAACCAGGGAAAGUUAGAACUUGUCAAGCAAGAAAUGGAACUCGUCAACAUUACAAUACUUGGUGUGAGCAAACUAAAAUAGAUGGGAAUGGGACAUUUUCAAUCGGGCAACUACAAAAUAUUUUAUGCAGGAAAUGAGAAAUUAAGAAGAAAUGGGGUUGCUUUAAUAGUGAGAAGUGAUGUAGCAAGAGCAAUUAGGAGCUACAACGCAAGGUCUGAGUGAGUGAUAUCAAUGAGAUUAAACGGGAAACCUAUUAACAUAACCAUCACCCAAGUCUAUGCUCCAACGGCAAAUGCAGAAGAAGAGGAAUUGGAGAGAUUUUAUGCAGAAGUACAGGAAGAAAUUGAUCACACACCAAAACAAGAUGUGCUGAACUGGUCAUAUUGAAAAUCAGAGUAAAGCUAGAGAAAACCAACAAAGCAAUCAUAAUGUCAAAAUACAAUUUAAAUAGCAUCCCAGAAGCAUAUAAAGAUCAAAUAAGGAACGGGUUUGAGGCUUUAAACUUAGUUGACAGAGAACCAGAAAAACUAUGGAAUAAAGUCAGAGACAUUAUCUGAGAAGAAUGCCAGUCAGUCAGAACUUUAUUGUAUAUAGCCAAUGGCCUUAACAAUGUAUACAAAAUGUAGCUUAAAAGACCCGUCUUAGUCAAAGCUCUUUGGCACUCCCUCCCGUUACAUAUCAGACAGGCAUUGUCUCUAUUUUUUGUGCCCAUUAUGGACCUUUUUCAGCAUACCUUUUAAGUGGAAAUUUUAUCCCAGUCUUUUCUGUAGAAAAUUGUUGCUUUUGUCGCUGAUAUUUUUGGUAUAUUAUGGAGAGCCAUUAGUAAAUGGAAAUAAAAAAUA